GGCGAGUUUGAAUCGGCGGUGUUCGGUGGCCGAUAACGGUCAGUGCUGUUCAAAUCUGACGCUGUUAGCAUUUAGCUUCUCCCCGGCUAACAUACAGAGACCGGAGCGGAGAGGGAGCGCGGAGGGGCAGUCCAGGAGGCCGGCCAAAGCGACGGAAUGACGGUGUUGCAGGAACCUGUACAGGCUGCUGUCUGGCACGCUUUAAACCACUAUGCCUACAGAGAUGCUGUAUUUCUGGCAGAGAGGCUCUAUGCUGAAGUGCAUUCGGAAGACGCACUCUUCCUCCUGGCCACGUGUUAUUAUAGAUCGGGAAAGGCCUACAAGGCAUACCAUCUCCUCAAAGGGCACAGCUGCACGACACCACAAUGCAAAUACCUCCUUGCCAAAUGUUGUGUGGAGCUCAGCAAGCUGGCAGAGGGUGAGCAGAUUCUCACAGGAGGAGUCUUGAACAAACAGAAGAGCCAGGAUGACAUUGUAACAGAGUUUGGCGACUCCUCCUGUUUCACAUUGGCACUGCUUGGGCAAAUCUACUGCAAAACAGAUCGCUUAGGAAAAGGAGCUGAGUGUUAUCAGAAGAGUCUGAGUGAGAACCCUUUUCUCUGGUCUCCCUUUGAGUCCCUCUGUCAGAUUGGUGAGCGACCAGAUCCAGAGCAGAUUUUCAAGCUGACCUCCCUGCAGAGCUUCAUUGGGGGCAGUGGCGGGGGUGCUCCCAUUUUUCCUAUCAGCCCUGCCCACACGCCCAGCCACAAUGUGCUCCAUCGGCAGGUGGACUCUGUCUUAAUGGAAACACCGCAGGACACGCUGGAACUAAACCGGCUAAAUCUGGAGUCAUCCAACUCUAAAUACUCGUCUAUAAACACAGACUCCUCUAUGUCUUAUAUCGACUCCUCUGUCAUCUCACCGGAUUCUGCUCCGCUUGGCACCAGUGGUUCUCUGCUCUCCAAGCAAGUGCCGAGUAAGCCAAAGAGUGGCCGCUGUCUGCUUGGAGGCACAGCCACACUGAGCCCGCUCACACCCAGUUUCGGAAUCUUACCCUUGGAGCCUAGCCCAGGAGACCCCUCCUAUCUGCAGAACUAUAGUCAUAGUGGGACGGGCAUGGAGCCGCCUCCUCCACCAGGCCCACCAAAAAAGACUGUCAGUAGAAUCAGCCAGGUGGGAACUAAGUCAGUGUUUUCUCAAAGCGGGAACAGCAGAGAGGUGAUUCCAAACCCCUUUAACCAGACCCAGACCACUGCUCCACAGACCAGUACUACACCUCAAGUGCUGAGUCCCACCAUCGCUGCUCCACCCAAUGUGCAGCCUCGACGUAGCUCCAGACUCUUCACCAGUGCCAGCUCCACUGCCAAGGAGAACAGCAAGAAGCUAAAAAUGAAGUUUCCCACCAAGAUCCCCAACAGAAAAACCAAGACAAAAACAGGCAAGGGGGGAAUCACCCCGACCAGUCUGAAUGAGAGCAUUGAGAUCUUGAAGUUGGACUCAUCCUUGUCUGAGGGGAAGGGUAACCUCAGUUCACCUCAGUUCCAAGCUUUCACUUUGCAGAAGGCUGCAGCAGAUGGGCUGAUGUCACUAAUGCGAGACAUCGGACGAGGCUAUCUGGCCUUGUGUUCCUAUAACUGCAGAGAGGCCAUUUGCAUCCUCAGUCAGCUACCUGCACACCACUACAACACCGGCUGGGUGUUAGGUCAGAUAGGCCGUGCACACUUUGAAUUGGCAGAAUACAUGCAGGCUGAGAGGAUUUUUUCUGAAGUACGUCGCAUCGAGAGCUAUCGAGUAGAGGGAAUGGAGAUCUACUCUACUACACUAUGGCAUCUACAGAAAGAUGUGGCACUUUCUGCUCUCUCAAAAGACCUCACUGACAUGGACAAAAACUCUCCAGAACCAUGGUGUGUAGCUGGUAACUGUUUCAGUCUGCAGCGGGAGCAUGACAUUGCCAUUAAAUUCUUCACACGGGCUAUACAAGUAGAUCCCAGUUUUGCCUAUGCCUACACGCUGCUGGGUCAUGAGCUGGUGCUAACCGAGGAGCUGGAGAAAGCACUGGGCUGUUUUCGUAAUGCCAUCCGCAUCAACAAGCGCCACUACAAUGCCUGGUACGGCUUAGGAAUGAUAUACUACAAGCAGGAGAAGUUUAACCUGGCAGAGAUUCAUUUUAAGAAGGCUUUGAGUAUUAACCCCCAGAGCUCUGUUCUUCUCUGCCACAUUGGUGUGGUCCAACAUGCAUUGAAAAAAUCAGACCAUGCUCUAGAAACCUUAAACAGAGCAAUCAGCAUUGAUCCUAAGAACCCACUAUGCAAAUUCCACAGGGCCUCUAUUCUCUUUGCAAAUGAGAAGUAUAAGGCAGCUCUACAGGAGCUUGAAGAACUGAAACAGAUCGUGCCCAAAGAGUCUCUUGUUUACUUUUUAAUAGGAAAGGUCUAUAAGAAGCUCGGUCAGACUCACCUGGCGCUGAUGAACUUCUCCUGGGCAAUGGACUUAGACCCUAAAGGGGCCAACAAUCAGAUCAAAGAGGCCAUAGACAAGCGUUACCUCCCUGAUGACGAAGAGCCUGUCACCCCUGAUGACUAUCCUUACUACUCAACGGAGGUGGAGGAAUCUCAGGAGAGCAGUAUGACUGACGCGGACGACACGCAACUUCACACCACAGAAAGUGACGAGGUUUUGUAACCCUCCGUUUCUGUGGCCUCCUGUCUUGACUCAACAACAGAUUAUGCCAGCCUGGAGCUACCUUAAGACUCCAACUAAAGAUAAAAAAAACAACAAAAAAAAAAACAGGAGGAAGGAGAAGAAUAAAACUGCUGCUAAUACAGUACCUCCUCAUUUCUGUAUUUUUUUUUUUUAAUAUCAACUUUUCUUGUUUUACCAUGUCAAACCAUCCUCUUCCCUCCUUUUUUUUUUUUUUUUGCGUUUUAUUUCUGGUUUGAUCUUUUUUCAAAAUGCUCUGGGUCCUGUCAUUAUGCCUUAUUACUGGAUCCUCCAGGUCCCCCAUAUCAGAAUUGGGUCUUUAUCAAAAUUCCUGGAAAACAUUCGCUUCAUUUAUGAUGGAAACCUAAGACUUGUCUAUUGGGGUAAAAGGGGAAAAAAGCAAGCCACAAAAAAAACAUUUCGGGGAUGUUUCUGUCUUAAUGCCUUGGCCUUUUGUUUCUUUUAAAUUUUCAUUUACUAUAAAUAAAGACCUGUGUAAGAGUUGUAAGUCCGUUGAUUCCUCUCCCCUUUUUCAACACAGAGCAGAUGAGCAGGGAGACGAGUAGCACUUUCAUCCCUUGGCAGCAGCGAGGGGCCAUGUUAAACAUGAAUCAGACUGGGCACCUUGUUCUCUUGCCAGGUUUUCCCUUACUUUUAACUUCCUAAAGAAAACCAAGCAACUGUAUUGAGUUUGUUAAAGAAGAACAAAGUAUUUAACUGUGUGUAUAUUGCGUGAAUGAGAGCGAGUGUAGGUGUGUGUCCUGGAGGUUGAAAUUAAUUUUUUCUCCCCCCCCCACACCUUUGUUUUGUCUUAAAUGUCUCAGGCUAUGUUAAAAUAACGAAGGUAUGUUGAUGUUUCUUCUGCAGUUGACACUUGAGCUAUGUGGAUACCAUCAGAAUUUGGUUAGACAUGAAUGUUUCUUUCAAAUAAAUGACGUAAUACAUAUCUGACAAGGAGGAUGGGGUUCGACUGAAGUUGCCUGUCUUGUUGCUUUAGAAGGCCUGUUUUUUUUUUUUUUUAUCCCGAUACUCUGUGUUCUAAAUCUUUGUUUUUAGAUUAAGGGCGAACCUUAAGCUCCCAUUAAAAAAAAUCUUGUUUUAGGCUGUCUAAGAUCUUUAUUCUGGUAGAGUUGGUUGUUACUGUUGAAGUCACUUUAAAAGUUCCUUGGUGCAGUGACGGGCUCUAAGGCACUGGACAACAAGAAAACGAAUUUCUUAAGUCGUGGUGCUUUUGAUGACUGCAGUUUUUUGCAUAAGGUAUCUUAGAUAUAAUUUUCAUUUGAUGAGAUCUGUGUGCAGAUUUUUGUCAUAGGGAAAAUGCUUGUUAAUGUCUAUUUUAAGAAUUUAAAAAUGAAUAAACUACUUUAAAUUUUA